AUGGUGAGCCUGGGCUGCCGUCUGGUGGAUCCAAUGGGGAUACGUGAUCGGCUGGAGGAGAAGCACGUGUCGCGCAUAUUCAAGGGCCAUGGGGUGUGCUCGCCUUCGGUGGUGAUCAAGCUAAUCGAGAGGCGAGAUCUGGAAGCGUCGUGGUAUCUCAGGGGUGAUUGCCUGACCCUGCAGUGCACCAUCACGGUGCUCGAGGAAUUGCCGGUUGCAACCUUCCCGCCCAUGGAUGUGCACGUGACGGUGCCACCUUCGAACCUGCGCCAGAACCUCCUCGAACUCCUGCGUAGAGGGACUGGCGCCGACGUCUUGUUUCUUGUCUCCGGUGAGUCUUUUGCCGCGCACAGGAACAUACUCGCUUCGAGGUCUGCGGUUUUCAUGGCCGAGUUCUUUGGAGGGAUGAAGAAGUGCUCGCAGGUUGUGGAGGUCAAGGAUAUGGAGGCGGCAGUGUUCAAGGCCAUGCUUCACUUCAUCUACACCGAUGAAGCGCCUGAACUCGACCAGGAGAAAGGGGCCGUGACCGCGAUGGCUCAGCAUCUGCUUGCGGCUGCGGACAGGUACGCACUGGACAGGCUCAAGCUGAUUUGCCAGGUCAAGCUCUCUCGUGGCAUCUCCGUGCACACGGCAGCGACGACUCUCGCAUCAGCCGAGCAGCACAACUGUUCGCAGCUCAAGGCCAAAUGUGUCGAGUUCGAAAACACGACCUUAUCCCCUUCCCCCGAGUGGCGGUGGCGGCGGAUCUACCAUCCUUCUUUGGCGGACGGGCGGCUACUGGUGGUCUCUGGUCGGUCAGUGCCAAUAUAA